GAUCAGUAUGACACGGCCAAUGGCAACGCGCGGAUCUGUCUCGGACUGUUUUUAGCCGGUUUGCCCGCGCUAUAUAUACGCGCUAUACAGCGUAAACGUAACGCACGCAUUUUCCUGCACGUCCGCGAAAUAAUAAUACGAGAAAAAAACGUUCGAUCGAUUCCGAUUUUGCGCGCUACGCGAAACACAACGUACUACUACCACUACUCACUACAAAUUUUAUAUACAAUCGUAAACACGACGACGGAUUAUUUUAUUGUUAAAUUUUAGUGAAGUACGUGUACAUAUAAUAUAUUGUAUGUAUCAAUUUUCGUACGUCAAUGUAACGCAAAGCGAAAACAAAAAAAAACGCACGCGUAUCUCUCUGUGGCGCGCGUACGUGUAAAUGUGCAUACAGCCGAGUCUUCGUAUAUAUACAUGUAUGUUCUUCGUAAUCGAUGCUAAUGUCGAUGCUGUUGUGUGUGCGCGUGUGUGUCUAUAGUGCAUCGAAGCAACGGAUCAGUACGUGUGUGGUGCGAUUAUUAUCCGUGUGUAUACACGCGACGUGAAAAUAUUUAAGUAGCAAAAAAUAUUAAAAAAAAAAAAAAAAACGAAGAAGAAGAAGAGAUACGAGAAGAAGAAGCGGCUAUUAACAGUGUGUGUAUUAGUGUAAAAGAGAGAGAGAGAGAGAGAUAGAUUCAGCAGCAAGUGUGCGUUAUUAUCAUAGUAAACACAGUGAGCUCGGUCGAUUUUGUCAUAUUUUUCGCCAGUUCUCGACGUCGUGCUCGUGCUCUCGCGAAGUCGUCUCCGCUGCUGCAGAAGAUCAUUACAUAAAUAACAAAAAAAAAAAAGAGCCUCUCGGAGAAAUCUGCAUUCUGUGUGUUUGUGCGUAUAAUAAUAUAUAUAAUACAUUUCGUCCAAAAAAGAGCUGCUGCGAGCAUGUAUAAUAAUAUCUCUCUGCUUAUAUGCUGCUCCUCUCCUGCGCUCGUCAUAAUAUAAUCGAAGAGAGAGAGAGAGAAACACACCGACAACAGCACAACGAGAGUGUCGAGGCGCAGUGAAAAGGAGACGAUACACACACACAUUCGCCAAGUGCAUCAUCGUUAAAUAUAUUGUCUGUGUGUGUGUGGUAUAUUAUAUCCGCAGUGAACGUUACAUAUUUUAAAUCAACCGACGACGACGACGACGACGUUCGGAAAAAGCCCCGCAACUCUAUAUAACGUGUAUACAAGUGCCCGUACAGUCUGCUGCCUUGUUUAUUUCGGAGCUCCCUCGUAUUGUUGUGUGUAUCGAGUAGCUACUCGAUAAUAAACUACAGCUACUACAGAAAUACUACUGUGCCGUGUAGUCUUCCAUACUUAACCAAUAAUACGACUGCCAAUACGCACACAAAGACGACAACGGAAUAGUAGUAGCGAAGUGAAGUAAAAAAAAGAAGAAGAAGAGGAAGAAUAGAAGAAAGAAAAGUGUCGUGAAUGCAACGUGAUCGUGAGUGGUGAUGAUACCAGUGUGUGUGUAUUGUGUAUAUAUAAACACAUCAAAAAAAGUGCGUCUAACUUCGUGUAAUGAUCGUUGCCGGUUCUUCGCGCGUAUAGCAUCGUUGCCAAAAAAGAGCAAAGAAAGCAAAGCAACAACAAAAAAAAAGUCACUCGCGCAGCUUGCAGCAAAACGAGUGUGUGUGUGCCUUACGUGAGAUCGCGCAUCAGGGGCCCAUGCAACAGCAGCGGCAACAACAUACGUAUAUAACAUAACUGAAUCCUCGUAUUAUUAGAGCACCGCUGCAUAUAUGUGUGUACGCGAUUCUAUCGUGCACAUAUAGUCGUCGUCGUGCCGUUCGAGAUAGCGUGUCCGUAUUGAGAUCGCCGAGUGGUGCUCCGUCAGCGAGGUCGUGCACAUUGCCGAUGUGUGUAUCGCACAACUAUCGGCACACAUGAAUUUCCUACUUCUGUGAGUUCUUUUUCUGUGCGGCCCGAUACUGACUUUUUACAAGUGUGCGUAUGAGUGUGUUCUUCGAUACAAUACACGCACACAAGGGUCUGACGUACCAGCGCACUGACAGUUGUGCGUUGUUGUUGUUGUCUCUAAUUUAACUCGUGCGCUUGCUGUUUUUUAUUGUAAAACGUUCGUUCGGCUUGAUAUAACGCGAGUGAGGCCAAGACAAGUAUAUUUAAAUGAUAUACGCACGCGAAAGAGGCAAAUCCAAAUGAAAUAAAUUCGAGAAGUCAGAGAUUCGCAACGUGUGCUGCGAUCAGCUGUUCCUCUCUCGCCUCGCGCGCAGUGGGCGUCGUUGCCGUUGUUCUCUCUGCGUGCUGUCGUUCCAGAGUGCUUCGUUCGUCGAGAAAAAUAAUAAAAGUGCAAGUGAUUUUUGACGGGCAGAUAUAUAUAUAUAUAUAUCUGUCGAAGCUCUGUGCGUGCGCGUGAGUGUGUGAGUGAAACACAGAUAGAAACACGUGGACAAAAUUGUAGGCAGGCGCAUCGAGACACCACGUUACGAUGCACCACGAGCAGCCUAUGAGGCUCAGGUGGUUGCUAGCUUUCAACGCCAAAGGACAACGAAAAUCUGGUUGUCGGCGUCAUGAUAAACGAAUAGACUAUUUAGACAUACUGUCUUCUUGCUGAAGUCAACCUGCAAUGUUGUUUAGGUGAAACAAAAGAAGGAGGCGCUGACCGGUGGCGACGGCGGCCAUGCGCCCCGGCCCGCCGUGCACGAGCCGCCGCAGGCCCACCCGUCGCCAGCAGCCGUCGUCGUCAACAACAGCAACAGCAACAUCCGAAGUGUCCUCGCAAUCUAGUCGUCAAUUUCAUUCCAGUAACAAUCAGCAACAGCAGCAAUGCCAUUUCAACGAGAGCAACGGAAGAGACGGUCGGCGGCCGCUACGGAGGAGGAGCCUCGGUGCCGUCGCGUUGUUGCGGCUGCUGCCGAUGCUGCUGCUCGUCGUCGCAGCCUGGACGCCGACGAUCAUCGCCACGCCCGUCAUCGACGCUGUCGGAAGCGCCGUGGCCGCCAACUCGCUCGCCAGCGGCGACAACGGCAUUGCCAUCUACAACGACAAUCCGAACGACAACAACAACGACUCGUCGUUCUCUUACGCCGUCGGGCCGCGAUCGAUAGUCGUGACAACGUCGUCGGUCCACGAGACCAACGGCAGCAACAGCAACAACAAUGUGACGGCUCUGGAGGCGAUAAUGACGAGCAGCAGCAGCAGCAGCAGCAGCAGCAACGGCAUGACGAUGAACAACAUCAACAGCAGCAGCUUGGUGCGACCGCCGAGGGAGCCGCGCAAUCUCACCAUCGUCUACCUGACCGCGGUCAAGGGCGAUCUCAAGGAUCGCCAAGGACUGGCCAUAUCCGGCGCCUUCUCCAUGGCAGUUGACGAGAUCAACAACGAUCCGAACCUGUUGCCCGGUAUGAAGCUUCAGAUGCACUGGUACGACACCAAGGGCGACACGACCGAGUCCACCAGGGUGAUGAUCGACGAGAUCUGCGAGGGCGCCGUGGCCUUCUUCGGGCCCGAGGGCUCCUGCUACAUCGAAGCCAAAGUCUCCGAGUCGAAGAAUCUUCCGCUCAUCAGCUACAAAUGCUCGGACGACAAAGCCACGUCCAUCCGGACGUUCGCGCGCACCGAGCCGCCCGACACUCAGGUCACCAAGUCCGUCAUAGCCCUGCUCAUCCACUACAACUGGAACAAGUUCAGCAUCAUCUUCGAGAAGCCGUGGAACACCGUGGCCAAGUCGCUCCAGUCCCAGGCGCACUACAACAAUCUCACGGUGAACCACUACGUGCAGAUGGUCGACCGGCACAUCUGCUGCGAGGAGCGCAUGGCCUGCUGCCAGGGCGCCGGCUGGUUCGGCACCAUACAGGAGACCAAGAACAUGACGCGUAUUUACAUAUUUCUCGGCACGCCGAUCUCGCUGAUCGAGUUCAUGAACGCGAUGCAGAAUCAGCGGCUGCUCGACGACGGCCAGUACAUGGUCAUCUACGUCGACAUGCUCACGUACACGCCCAAAGAAGCCAUGAAGUACUUAUGGAAACCUGAACACUACAAUCUGCCGGACUGCAUGGACCCGAAGGACAAGGACUUUUUGGUGCGAGCCCGCUCGCUCAUGGUGGUCGCGGCGACGCCGCCCACCCACAACUACAUGGAGUUCACGGAGAAGGUCCGCCACUACACUGCCCAGGAGCCCUUCAACUUUCCCCUGCCCUCGCUCUUUCAGACCAAAUUCGAAAAGCACGUGUCCAUCUACGCGGCGUACCUGUACGACUCGGUGAAGCUGUACGCCUGGGCGCUCGACCGGCUGCUGCGCGAGAAUCCGGACGUCGAGACGGAGAAGAUCGUGAAGAACGGCACGUGGAUCAUCGACACCAUCAUCAGGAGCCACGUGUACAAGAGCAUCAGCGGGGCCAUGAUCAAGGUCGACAAGAACGGCGACUCCGAGGGCAACUUCUCGGUGUUAGCCCUCAAGCGCGAGCCCCUGCAGAUCCUGAACUUUUCGUGCGACUACCAGAUGAAGCCCGUGGGCCAGUUCCAGCAGGGCCAGGUGCUGGCUUAUCGUCCCGCCGAGGCCAUCGACUGGCCGGGCAAGAACAAGCCCGAAGCGGAGCCGGGCUGCGGCUUCUUCAACGAGCACUGCCCCCAGAGCAAUUCGCUCUACACGACGACAAUCGUCACCAUCGCCAUGUUCUUCGCCAUUCUGCUGACCAUAGGCGUGAUGAUCGUGGCGAGCUAUCACUGGCGCUACGAGCAGGAGCUCGCGGGCCUCAUGUGGCGCAUCGAGCUCGACGACGUGCGCUGCCACGACACCAACAAGCUCCAGCUCAAGGCGAGCAGCGACGCCCAGAAGAAGCUCAAGGCCGGCGGCCCCGGCGGCGGCGGCAGCCAUCAGAGCAUCAACAGCAGCUGGUCGUUCGAGUCGAGGCUGGGCGAGCAGCUGUUCACCUCGGUGGGCACGUACAAGGGCUUGGUGGUGAGGAUACGCAAGUGGAGAUUCGACAGGAAGAUCGAUCUGACCCGCGACACCAUGAAGGAGAUGCGGGCGCUGCGCGAGAUGAGCCACAAGAACAUCAACUCGUUCGUCGGGGCCUACCUCGAUCCGCAUACCGCGGUGCUGCUCACCGAGUACUGCGCCAAGGGCAGCCUUUACGACAUCAUCGAGAACGACGACAUCAAGCUGGACGAGAUGUUCAUCACGUCGCUGAUGCACGAUCUCAUCAAGGGCAUGUCGUAUCUGCACGCGUCCAACAUCUUCGUGUGCCACGGCAAUCUCAAGUCGUCCAAUUGCCUGGUGACGUCGCGCUGGGUCCUGCAGGUGUCCGACUUCGGUCUGCACGCCUUUCGCUCCGAGGCCAUCAUGGUGAUCGACGAGACCAGCUCCCAGGACCACGUCGUCGAGACCGGCGAGCACGAGCAGUUCCGAAAUUUGUAUUGGCGAGCGCCGGAAUUGCUGAGGUAUCCCGUGCUGGGCGGCACCAAGGAGGGCGACAUGUACUCCUUCGCUAUCGUGCUGUACGAAUUGAUGAGCCGCAAGGCGCCCUACACCACCGGCGAAAAGGAGGGUCAAACGCCCAAAGACAUUAUCUUUCACGUGACGUACGACGCGCUCAACAACAAGCCGCCGUAUCGUCCCCAGAUCGAUCUGAUCGACGCCAAGGACUACGAGUGCACCGAGUGGAUCAAGCCCAUGAUCAUGGACUGCUGGAACGAGUCGCCCGAGCUCAGGCCCGACUUCAAGAACGUGCGCCAGCGCAUGAACAAGAAGAACGGCAAGAUGCGCCAGACCCUGAUGGACAGGCUGCUCGAUCUCAUGGAGCAGUACGCCAACAAUCUCGAGGAACUCGUGACGGAUCGCACCCGAUUGCUCGAGAAGGAGAAGGAGAAGACCGAGGAUCUGCUGCACAGGAUGCUGCCCAAACCCGUGGCCUCGGUAUUGAAGAGGGGCGAGGACGUGGAGCCCGAGGCCUUCGAGAGCGUAACCAUCUACUUUAGCGACAUCGUCGGCUUCACCGAGAUGUCCGCGUCCAGCACCCCCUUCCAGGUCGUUACUUUCCUCGACUCCCUGUACUCGGUCUUCGACACCAUCACCAAGAAGUACGACGUGUACAAGGUGGAAACGAUCGGCGACGCGUACAUGGUCGUAUCGGGCCUGCCGAUCAAGAACGGCAACAAUCACGCGGGUGAGAUCGCGUCGAUGGCGAUGGACCUGCUGGAGGCGGCGAAGAAGCACACGAUACCCCACAGGCCGAACGAGCCGCUCAGGCUGCGCAUCGGAAUUCAUUCGGGCCCGGUGGUGGCGGGCGUGGUGGGCCUGAUCAUGCCCAGAUACUGUCUGUUCGGCGACACGGUCAACACGGCCUCGCGCAUGGAGUCGAACGGCGAGCCGCUCAAGAUCCACAUAAGCGAUCGCUGCAAGGAGAAGCUCGAUCUCAUCGGCGGCUACGUGACGGAGGAGCGCGGCCUGGUCGAGAUGAAGGGCAAGGGCCGAGUGCUGACCUACUGGCUCGUCGGCAAGACCGAGGAGGCGAUACAGCCGCGCUUCUACGACGACGACUACUCGGGCAUCGGGCCGAUCUUCGACAGCGCGCGCAGCCGACAGCAGGCCAUGGUGAUCAACGGCUCGAUAGCCAGCAUAAUGGGCGCCGGCUCGAUGGCCGGGAGUCGUCGGGAAUCGGCGGCGCAAGAGUUGGCGCUCAUGCUCGGCGAGCGGCCGAACACCAACGCCGCCAACAAUCGCAAGCACGAGCCGACGCCGCUCUACUUACCACCCGCUACGAUCACUCCUAGCGUGUCCCAGCUCACUCUGCGCUCCGUCGCCGACAUUAGCAAUCAGCCGAACCUGCCCCUGCAGCAGCAGCAAAACGAGCCGACGGAGAACGACGCGCUGUUACCGCGACAGGAGGCAGAGGCGACGACGCCACCGGAUCCGCCGCCCCGGAGUUUCGGAGGAUCCUUGGAGAUCGUGUACCCCGCCGAGUCGUACGAGUCUCUGCAGCAGCAGCAGCAGCAGCAGCAGGACCACAAUCGUCAGCUGCCGCUGCUCAACGGCCUCGAGAACUCGGCGGACGCCGCGGCGGCGGCGGCCUUGAACAGGUUCAGGAUGCAGGACGGCGUCAACGGCAACGGACUCUUGACGAUCCUGGGCACGCCGGCCAACGGCCACGCGCUGGUCCGCAAGCGCAACCCCGCCUCGCACCACCAGGCGCCGGACUUUCGCAAGAGCGCCAUGCUGACGACGGCGCUGGUGGCCUCGUCCACCAUACCCUCGUCGCUGGACCACUACCACAAGUACAGGCAGCAGCAGCAGUCGCGCUCGCUCGUCUCCUUCCCGCCGGAGCUCAUGCAGCCCGCGGUGCCGCCCAAGCCGGCCAGCCACCAAGCCACGGCUGGCGGCCAAGGUAACCAGUCGGAGCAGGCCUCGCGCAACGUCAGCUGGAAGCUGACGAGCAGCAGCAGGCGCUGCCUGGUGCACUCGCUCGAGAACUGCCAGCGCUGCUGUCCGGCGAACGCGACGACCUCGUCGUCGGCCUCGUCGUCGCCCCGCAACUCCAAGUCCAGCCUCAACAAUAAUCGAGUCGCAGCGAGCAACGACUCCGGCGGUGCUGGUGCUGGUGCUGGUGGUCGCCGUCGACAAGGUCGCCAGGUCGUACAGGCGACGACGACGACGACUACGCCCAACAACGCCGAGGACGUCGAGGCCGACGCGCUGCUGCUGCUCAGCGACAACAAUUGCAGUCUAGUCAAGAAGUGGAAGUCCCUGGACGAGGUGGGCGGUGGCUCGCAGCACGUCGUCAACGAGAUCGAGUCCUGCUGCGGCGACGGCGGCGGCGACAACAACGACAACUGCUGCCGAGUCGUCGGCAACAAGCUCGUCACCGGCAUGCACCAGGAAGACCAGAGGAAGGAGCCGCAGAGCAACAAGAGCAAUUCGCGCUUCGCCUGGUUGAAGCUGUCGAAUCUGAUCAACGGCAACGGGCUGCGCGGCAGCACGGGCCGCUCCGCGCUGAGCCGAGUCAUUCCCGGCUACAGCGACGUUUCUCAUCACUCCGAGAGCGAGAGCAUGGUCUGACAUGGUCUGUGCAUAUGAAUCAAGUGCGUGUAUCAAUGACGAAAAAGAAGAGGAAAUUAAUGACGAGAAACCUGUGAUAGGCUGAUAUAAACUUUACGUGUACUAGGAGAGUUAACAAAUUUUAACGGAAUCACCUUACAAAGUGUAAUAUAUGUAAUAUUUUAUAAUGCGAUAUAGCCUAGAUUUAUCGCGCGAUCGUUAGUCCGUAUGGAAUAUUUAAUACUAUUUGUUGUUGUUUGAAAUGAAAAAAAUAACACUUCGAACGAGAAAACGACUGUUUUUCUAUAUGUUUUAUAUACGUUUAUUUUGUAAUAGCAGCUCGACUACACAUGUAAAUUAAAGUUAAUAGAAAUCGAAACAAAAAAUACAAGAAAAACACAUAAACAAGUAUACAGCAUAACUCGAAUUGGUCUGUUUAUAAAUAAUUAUGACGAUAAGUAAGUGUUAUACGUAUCGUAUAAAAAGCUCUUUACUUGUCGAUGGAGUUUUGCGGGAGUGAAAAGAGCCCUUCGUUCCACCGUCUAUAGUUUUUAUACAGUAAAAAAAUUGGCCCCUAGGGUUUUUUUACUUAUAAAAUUAAGAAUGUCGGAUCGAAGGAUAUUUUGUACUGUUAUUGUACUAUUAUUGUCGACGACUCUUGCGGCGACGUAUUAAAUAGUAUAAAUUAUCGGCUGAAUUAAAUGAAAACAUUUUUAUGUAAAAAUGACAUAUUGUUGCGAUAUUCAUGUAUUUAACAAUAUGUUUAUUUUUCUACUGUAGUUAAACUAUAAAUGUUUUUUUCAUUCGGUUGAAAAAAAAAUAGAUGUAUAGCUGUGCCUGCGUAAUAAUAUGUGAAUAGUUGACGAGAUGAGGUUUGACUUACUGAAACAAAAAUCAGUAUACAAACGAUAGUAAGUUUUUUUAGUUUAAUGAUCCGAAUCAUUUUUGAACGACGAAAAUAUAUAUUUUUACUCAGUCCGACAAUGAUCAACUAGUCAUUUCUUGUACUCGAUGAACGACGUAUGAGAGCGCAGUAAGAGAAAUUGAAUAUGUUUAUUUUUUUUUGGCUAUUUCGAAUUUUUAUGUCUAAUCAGGGUAUAGUUUUAACGAUUUGUCAUACUCAUUGUUCAUAGGAACUGUAUGUGAAUAAUAAGUAUGCAUGCAAAAUACGCGACAAACUUUGCACUACUAUGAUGCGAUAAAUCAAAAUGUUAUCAUAGCGAUUUUAAAUAUAAUAAAAUUGUGAAUGUUGAUGAUGUAAGAGGUAAAUUUUGUUGCAGUUUCUAUUAAAAACAGGACUUUAUUUUUUAGUCAUCGAAAGUAUGAUGAAUUAUCGUUGCCAUGUUUUAGAGUAUAUGUGCCAAUCUCCGUUCCCUUCCUUACUUUUGUAUGAGAGAGUUACCACGUAUAUUUUCACUAUUUUAUUAAUUGCAAUUAAAAUAUUUGCAUUGAAAUGAUGCAUAUAUUAUUAUUUUACAAUAUUAAUGUAAAUGAAAAUAACUAAGCGCGAGUUUUGUAAUAUAAUUAGUAUAGGCACUUGUAUGAUACAAAAGAUGUACAUUUUAUAAAUACAUAAUUUUUUGUUGUAUUCCCAUUGAAGUUUGAAGGGGAUAAUAAAUUUUUUUAAAUCUUCGAUAGGAACAAAUAUUGAUUCUAACCAAAGUAUGUGCACGUGUAUAAAAUGAAACGACUUAUUAAUUCUGUUAUUAGUACGAACAAAUUGAAAAGCAUUGGAAACAAUAAGUAAAUAUAUAAUAUAUAUAUGUCUAUUCUGUAAUUGUUUUAUGUAUAUGUAAAAUCGUUUACCUAAACAAAAGUACACAAAAGCAAAAUGUAUUCACAAAUAUAUUAUCUAAAAAAUAGACAUGCAUAGGCGCAACUGUGCAUAUUUAUAAUUACUGAUGAAAGCAAAUAAUCCACAUGGCUGUGAAAAGUGAAACAGAUUGUACCUAAGGUGCUUAGAUUGUAUCUUUAUGUCAAUUGUAUAUAAAAGAAUAGUAAUAUAUUACAUAAAAUUAUCAUAUAUAUUAUUGUAGUAAAAAACGCUAUUGCCUUUCAUGUAACAGUCAAUUAAACUUAUACAUUUUGAAA